UUCAAAGUUUCCGUGGCGAGUCACAACCAAAUCGUAUUCCAGAAAAAAUGUAACGGAGGAGUUGUUUUCAUUGGACAUACAGAGCGGCAGAAACCACGAGUGCGAAGUUAGAAAAGUUUCUAAGGGAACGGCGAUUUGUGCCCUCUGUUUCCCUCUAGAUAUCUCCCGCUGGAAGAAGAACUACCCCUGAAACACACAUGGUACAAUCCAAUGCACCUUUUGAUCAUUCCAGCAGAAGCAGCAGCGACUGACUGUGGAACAACAUUUCAAGGUUCUUGGUGGAGUUGCGGCGGCGUUCUGAUUUGUCUGUGUAGUUCAACUUAACCCGUGUCCGAACGGGAUCACAGACGCCUUAAACAAUGAUUUUUAAAGAGUUCUUCAUCUAAUUCAGUUGAUCUAAAGGGUGCUGAUACUUAAAAAAAACCCAAAAACAAAAACAUUUGCGAAAACACAGCGCGACCGAAAGAGGAUUCUUCGCGAUGAGGCUCACUGCGGUGCUUUGUGGCAGUCUUUUAACUUUCAUGCUUCUCGCCGAAGGUGUUUUAAGUGCUGCCGAAUGCUCCUGUGGGAGAAAUCACUUCACAUGUGCGGUCAGUGCAUUUGGCGAGUGCACAUGCAUCCCGGCGCAGUGGCAGUGUGACGGGGACAAUGACUGUGGAGAUCACAGUGAUGAAGACAGCUGCAUUUUGCCCACGUGCUCGCCACUAGACUUUCACUGCGACAAUGGAAAAUGCAUCCGACGCUCAUGGUUAUGUGAUGGAGACAAUGACUGUGAGGAUGACUCCGAUGAACAAGACUGUCCACCACGAGAAUGUGAGGAAGAUGAGUUCCAUUGUCAGAAUGGAUACUGUAUCCGCAGCCUGUGGUACUGUGAUGGAGACAAUGACUGUGGAGACAACAGUGACGAGCAGUGUGAUAAGAGGAAGUGCUCUGAUAAAGAGUUCCGCUGCUCUGAUGGAAGUUGCAUCGCAGAACACUGGUACUGUGAUGGAGACUCCGACUGCAAAGAUGGAACUGAUGAAGAGAAUUGCCCAUCUGAUGUGAUGACAGCCACAUGCAGUGUUGAGGAGUUUCAGUGUGCUUAUGGUCGUUGCAUUCUGGACAUCUACCACUGUGAUGGAGAUGACGACUGCGGUGACUGGUCUGAUGAGUCCGACUGUUCCUCCCAUCAACCCUGCCGUUCUGCAGAGUUCAUGUGCAGCAGUGGCAUGUGUAUAAAUGGAGGGUGGAGGUGUGACGGAGAAUUCGAUUGCGACGACCAAUCAGAUGAAAAGAACUGCAGCACAUCGAUGUGCAUGGCUGAUCAGUUUCGCUGUAUGUCUGGCCGAUGUGUGCGGUUAUCAUGGCGCUGUGAUGGAGAAAAUGACUGUUCUGAUGGCAGUGAUGAAGAAGGCUGUGAAAAGACAGAAACUCCUCCAUGCGCGUCGGAUCAGUUCCUGUGUGAGAAUGGCCGCUGUAUUGGCCAGCGUAAGGUCUGUAAUGACAUCAAAGACUGUGAAGAUGGGACUGAUGAACAUCCAUUCCAGGACUGCCGCUCCAAGUCAAGUGAAGAAAAUUGUAAUGUUAACAACGGAGGUUGCUCACAGAAAUGCCAGAUGUCUCGAGGUCUGGUGCACUGCACUUGUCACACCGGCUACACAUUAACACAGGAUGGGAAGAGAUGCAGAGAUGUUGAUGAAUGUGCAGAUGAAGGUUAUUGUAGUCAAGGCUGUACCAACAUAGAAGGAGGAUUCCACUGCUGGUGUGUUCAAGGUUAUGAGCUUCGACCUGACAAGCGCAGUUGCAAGGCUUUGGGUCCAGAACCGGUUUUGUUGUUUGCAAAUCGGAUUGACAUCCGACAAGUUCUACCGCACCGUGCUGAGUACACAUUGCUACUCAAUAAUCUGGAAAAUGCCAUUGCGUUGGACUUUCAUCAUAGCGAAGAGCUAGUGUUCUGGUCCGAUGUCACACUGGACCGUAUCAUGAGAGCCAGCCUCAACGGGAGCAAUGUGGAGGAGGUCGUGUCCACGGGUCUUGAGAGCCCAGGUGGUCUGGCCAUAGACUGGAUUCAAAAUAAGCUCUACUGGACUGACUCGGGAACGUCUCGUAUUGAAGUGUCCAAUCUGGACGGCACACACCGUAAAGUGCUUUUAUGGCAGAGAAUGGAGAAACCCCGUGCGAUUGCUCUGCACCCCAUUGAAGGGAAGAUUUACUGGACUGACUGGGGAAAUAUGCCACGCAUUGAAUAUUCCAACAUGGAUGGCUCUAAUAGGAAAAUAAUUGCUGAUACACACCUAUUCUGGCCCAAUGGACUUACCAUUGACUAUGCCGGUCACCGCAUGUACUGGGUGGAUGCCAAACACCACGUCAUUGAAAGAGCUGACCUGGAUGGGAAGAAUAGAAAGGCUGUCAUUAGCCAAGGUCUUCCACAUCCUUUUGCCAUUACAGUGUUUGAAGACAGUCUGUACUGGACCGACUGGCACACCAAGAGUAUCAACAGUGCAAACAAGUUUACUGGCAAGAACCAAGAGGUCAUCCGGAACAAGCUGCAUUUUCCCAUGGACAUCCACACUCUGCACCCGCAGAGGCAACCCGCAGGAGGGAGGAAUCGCUGUGGGAGCAAUAAUGGGGGCUGCAGUCACCUGUGUCUUCCAAGCAAUAAGACCUACACCUGUGAAUGUCCUACAGGCUUUAAAAAGGUGGACCACUAUAACUGUGCCCAGAGUCUUGACAAGUUCCUGCUUUUUGCCCGAAGGACGGACAUCCGUCGAAUCAGCUUUGACACUGAAGACAAGUUGGAUGAUGUCAUUCCACUGGCUGAUAUUCGAAAUGCAGUGGCCCUGGACUGGGAUUCCAGUGAGCGAUAUAUAUACUGGACUGACGUCACCACCGAUUCCAUCAACAGGGCUAAAUGGGACGGCACCAAACAGGAGGUUGUGGUGGACACAAGUUUGGAAAGCCCUGCUGGUCUUGCUAUUGAUUGGCUUACACAUAAACUGUACUGGACUGACGCAGGCACAGACCGGAUUGAAGUUUCAAACACAGAUGGAAGCAUGCGUACAGUUCUGAUCUGGGAGAAUCUCGAUCGUCCCCGGGACAUUGUUGUUGACCCGAUCGGCGGAUUCAUGUACUGGACAGAUUGGGGUGCAAAUCCUAAGAUAGAGCGUGCUGGUAUGGACGCAUCCAACCGUACGGUUAUCAUCUCAACAAACCUGACCUGGCCUAAUGGGUUGGCAAUCGACUACCACACCGAGAGGCUGUACUGGGCCGAUGCUAGCAUUAAGACCAUUGAGUAUGGCAACUUUGAUGGAUCAGGCAGACAGGUGUUGAUUGGCAGUCAGCUGCCUCAUCCGUUUGGUUUGACACUUCAUGAAGACAGAAUUUAUUGGACAGACUGGCAAUCCAAGAGCAUCCAAAGUGCUGACAAGCUUACUGGUUUGGACCGAAGAACGCUGGCAGAAAACCUUGAAAACCUCAUGGACAUUCACAUGUUCCACCAUCAUAGAACUACAGUCCAGACGCCCUGUUCGGUGAAUAAUGGUGGCUGCAGUCACCUUUGCCUCCUGGCUCCUGCUCCCAAAGCCUCGAGCUGUGCGUGUCCCACUGGUAUCAACCUACAGGUGGACGGAAAGACUUGCACUCACGCAAUGAACAGCUUUCUCAUCUUUGCCCGGCGGACAGACAUCAGGAUGAUUUCUUUGGACAUCCCAUACUUUGCUGAUGUUGUUCUGGCAGUCAGUGUGUCUAUGAAGAACACGAUUGCCAUUGGAGUGGAUGCCGUAGACGGUAAAGUGUACUGGUCAGACAGUACAUUAAAGAAAAUCAGCAGAGCCAAUAUCAAUGGUACAGAACAUGAGGACCUUAUUUCAACUGGUCUAAUGACCACAGAUGGUCUGGCAGUGGAUUCAGUGGGCAGAAAAAUCUACUGGACAGACACUGGGACAAACCGCAUUGAGGUUGCUAAUCUCAACGGCUCAAUGAGAAAAGUGCUGGUGUGGCAGAACCUGGACAGCCCUCGUGCAAUCGCCCUGUUUCAUGAGAUGGGGUACAUGUACUGGACCGACUGGGGUGAACAUGCCAAGCUGGAGCGCUCCAGUAUGGAUGGUUCAGAUCGUGUAGUUCUGAUCAAUAAUAAUCUCGGCUGGCCUAAUGGACUUGCCAUAGACAAAGCUGGUUCACAACUGCUCUGGGCUGAUGCACAUACUGAGCGGAUAGAAGCAUCUGAUCUUAAUGGUUCAAACCGGAAGACCCUGGUGUCUCCUGUGCAGCACCCGUACGGCCUCACUGUGUUGGGACCGCACAUGUACUGGACCGACUGGCAGAGCCGCAGUAUUCAUAGAGCUGACAAGGGAACUGGAGCAAACACCAUCACAGUCCGCUCCAACUUACCUGGUCUCAUGGACAUCCAGGCUGUUGACCGCGCAAGACCUUUGGGCUUCAAUAAAUGCGGCAGGAGAAACGGCGGCUGCACUCACCUUUGCCUUCCUCGGCAUAAUGUGACGUCUUGUGCUUGUCCCACGGGUAUUCUGCUGAAAAGUGAUGGAAGGUCAUGUGACAAUUUGCCUGAAACAUACCUGCUGUUUUCGAAUCGCAUUAGUGUCCGACGAAUCUCUCUAGACACUAAUGACCAUACGGAUGUGUACGUUCCUGUGCCCGAGCUGCAAAAUGUUAUUUCCUUGGACUAUGACAGCAUGGAGAGGAAACUGUACUAUACAGAUGUGUCUCUGGAUGUCAUCAGACGGGUAAAUUUAGAUGGCAGCAAUAUGGAAACUGUGAUCAGUCAUGGUCUGAAGACCACUGAUGGACUUGCUGUUGACUGGGUCGCCCGCAACAUGUACUGGACAGACACUGGCCGUAACACCAUUGAAGUGGCUCACUUAGAUGGCACAUCUCGAAAAGUUCUGGUGAAUAACAGUCUGGAUGAACCAAGAGCUAUCGCUGUCUUUCCUAGCAAAGGGUUCUUGUUCUGGACAGAUUGGGGUCAUAUCGCAAAGAUUGAACGAGCGUACCUGGAUGGCACAGACAGAAAAGUCCUCAUCAACACAGAUCUUGGAUGGCCAAAUGGCUUGACACUGGACUAUGACACUCGCAGGAUCUUUUGGGUGGAUGCACACUUGGACCGCAUAGAAAGUUCUGACUUGAAUGGCAAACUGCGUCAAAUUCUCAUCAGCCCCGUCUCACACCCGUUUGCCCUCACGCAGCAAGACCAUUGGAUUUACUGGACGGACUGGCAGACCAAGUCUAUUCAGCGAGUAGAUAAGCAUACAGGUCGUAGUAAGGAAACUGUGCUGGCUAAUGUAGAGGGCCUCAUGGACAUCAUAGUGGUGUCACCACAAAGGCAGACUGGCACAAACUAUUGCAGUGUGAAUAAUGGGGGUUGCACACACUUGUGUCUAGCGAAGAGCAACGGUUUUGUGUGCGCGUGUCCAGAUGAGCCUGACAGCAGACCCUGCUCUACAAUCUCUGGUUACAUUCCCACGGCACCUGAGAAGGGCACCAUGGGUACUCAGGCCCCUAAAAAACUCCCCACAGAAAAACCUCACAAAGGCCCGUCGGUGGUCAAUUGUACAGAUGCAAGUCUCAAUAAAGAGGACUGCUCUAAGAGCCAUGUGGUUUCUGCACCUCGGGACGCGAGCCCUCAUAUCAGCUACGUGAUUGGCGGAGCUCUGUCAAUUUUGGCGAUCCUGAUACUCAUAGCUGCAUUCAUUAUUUACAGGCACAAAAAAUUCAAGUUUGCAGAUCCAGGAGUCAGCAACUUGACAUACAGCAACCCUUCGUACAGAACUUCAACACAGGAGGUUAAAAUAGAAACGGCCCAGAAACCUACAAUAAACAACCAACUGCGAUAUAAAAAAGAGGUCCAGGGUGUUGGGGAUGGAGGCUACACUAAAGAGAAGAUCCGCAUCGUGGAAGGCGUGUGUCUGCUCUCAGGAGAGGAUCUUUACUGGGAAGACUUGAGACAGUUGAAGGUGUGUCGAGGAGCUGGGCUUCACACCUGCAUGCGCACAGAUACCGUCUCGCUUCAGGCAAGCUCCGCCUCUCUGAAUGAUGGAGAAACUGAACAGCUGCUGCAGGGCGACCAAUCAGAGUGCUCGAGUAUCAACACCACCCUUGCCAUAACGGCCCAACAUCAUAGUGCGCAUCCCGACACCGGCUGGGUCCCGAACCGUAAAGCCUCUACUGAGAGCGAAGUGUGAAAAAUGUAUGAACAGACACGGACAACAUGGAGGCAGACAUAUACGGGAAAACAGAAACGUCAUUGGCGGUUUCACUUAAAAAUUUGCCUGAAAAAGGCUUGAAUGCACACUGUUAUUAGAAGUAAAACAGGUAGGUACAGUCAUAUGGACAUUUAUAUAUGCUUAAGCAGCUGGUACAUAGGAAAGCUAAUUCAUAAAUACAUCAACAGCCAAAUGAACUGUAAAUAGAUUUGAGACGGACCUCAUACUUGAAAGUUUCCUUUGCAUUACUCUAAACGUCAAUAAUACGUGACAUUCUGGAUUGGGAUUGCCUCUAAUGUCUUCUGCCCUCUCGCUUUGGACUGCGCAACGCUUUUUUUUGUGUCCUUUGAACUAUGGAGAAGGUCACAGCACGCUGGAGUCAAAGAACAGGCCUAGUGAGUAGGAAGAAAAGAAACACUGACUGAUAUUUUGAGCCUUUUUGUACACAAGAGAAACUCUUUGAAGUAAACUGCUUUUUGUUUCUAAUGCAAGCUUAUAUUAUCUGUUCAUGGACUAUCAGUUUAGGAAAUGCUCAGCAUCCAGCUCUCAUCUUGUCAUGGUAAAAAUGUAUUUAUGAACUUUCUGUACUUUGGAUUGGGUUUUUAAUGUUUUAUUCUUUUGAAGUAGUUUUUAAAAGCGUUAGGACUGUUGAAAGACUCAUUCACAAAACGUUGUGAUGGUGCCAAAGGACAGAAUUUACAUACUCAUGAAGAAUCACACUGAAUAAAUUACAGUCCAUUUUAAA